AUGUACAAGACCGUCCUUGUCGUUGCUUUCAUUGCCGUCGCUGUCAUGGCAGCCCAAGUUCAUGGCUCCGAUUAUGGAGGAUUUAUAGGAGGUCUUGGGGGUCUAGGCGUUGGAGGUGCAUACGGAGGAGGUGGAUACGGAGGAGGUGUGGGUGGAUACGGAGGCUACAGUGGAUAUGGAGGAAGCCUGGGAGGAUAUGGAGGAGGCUUUGGCGCAUAUGGAGGAGGCUUCGGCGCAUAUGGAGGAGGUCUCGGUGGGUUAGGAGGUGGUUAUGGAGGUGGCUAUGGAUUUGGAGGUGGAUUCGGAAAAGGCAAAGCUGUUGUGGUCCCAGUCUCUGUUCCAGUCCCUGUGGCUGUUCCAGUAAAAGGAGGAUACGGUGGCGGCUACGGUGGUGGCUACGGUGGCGGCUAUGGUGGUGGCUACGGUAAGUCUCAAACAUUAGUACAUAUUAUUGGAACAGGGCGCUAA